CCCUCGAGUGAGUUUUCUCUCCAGAGACCUUUCCUGAGCGCAGGGAGACCAGUCGAAGGGAAAGGCCACCCAGAAGCAGCGAAGUAGGCAGCGUCCCACCCACCAGAGAUCUAGUAGGGAGCCAGUGCCUGAACCGCCGUCUCUGGGUAGUCCCUGGAUUGCCGGCGCCCAGGAAACUACCCGCCAGAGGGCCAACCCAGCACCGACUGUUAUCCGGAGAGGCGGCGCAGGCCAGGAUUCAGGAGCGAGCUUGAUCUCUCAUCCCAGUCCCCUCCCUCCUUCUCCGGCUGUGAAGAUGUCCGCCAAGCCCGAAGUUGGAUUAGUGCGUGAGGCUUCUCGGCAGAUCGUGGCCGGUGGUUCAGCUGGUCUUGUAGAAAUUUGCCUGAUGCACCCCCUGGAUGUGGUGAAAACCAGGUUCCAGAUUCAGAGAUAUGCAACUGAUCCAAACAGUUAUAAAAGCUUAGGGGACAGCUUUCGUAUGAUCUUCCAAACAGAAGGGUUGUUUGGUUUUUACAAGGGAAUUCUGCCACCCAUCUUAGCUGAAACACCAAAAAGAGCAGUGAAGUUUUUCACCUUUGAGCAGUACAAGAAAUUGCUAGGAUAUGUGUCACUGUCACCAGCAUUGACAUUUGCCAUUGCUGGAUUGGGAUCUGGACUAACAGAAGCCAUCGUGGUUAACCCUUUUGAGGUAGUAAAAGUUGGCUUGCAAGCUAAUCGGAACACAUUCACAGAGCAACCAUCCACCUUAAGUUAUGCAAGACAAAUCAUUAAGAAGGAAGGCUUGGGACUCCAGGGCCUCAACAAAGGAUUUACAGCAACUUUGGGACGUCAUGGAGUUUUCAACAUGGUUUAUUUUGGCUUCUACUACAAUGUCAAAAACAUUAUUCCUGUCAAUAAGGAUCCAACCUUGGAAUUUUUGAGAAAAUUUGGGAUUGGUCUUCUUUCUGGGACAAUAGCCUCAGUCAUUAACAUCCCUUUUGAUGUUGCCAAAAGUAGGAUUCAAGGACCUCAGCCAGUUCCUGGAGAGAUCAAGUACAGAACCUGUUUUAAAACAAUGGCAACAGUCUAUCAGGAAGAAGGGAUUUUAGCCUUGUACAAAGGACUGCUUCCCAAAAUUAUGAGACUUGGACCAGGUGGUGCAGUGAUGCUGCUGGUUUAUGAAUACACCUAUUCAUGGCUGCAAGAGAACUGACUAGGAACUCCAGAUGUCAAUUGGAGUUUUACAAGAUCAAAGGAAGACUAUGGCCCUGAGAGUUCAUCUGCUCUUUCUGCUUAUUCUUCUCAGAAGUUGUAAUCCUCUGUUUGUAGCACUAGACUUCAGUUGCUUUAGAAAUAAAUGCAGUUCAAAGCUCUCUAUAAGUUAUCUGCUGCUUGCAAAAAAGCAGUUCCUAGAACAUUACUUGUAUGUCAGAAAUCUGCUUAGUGUUUACAACCUAGUGAUUUGAAAAACUAACUGAUCUAGCCAUCUAAGUAUUAAAGGAAGCCAUGAAACCUAUGAGGCAGAACUGGAUUGCCAUGUCGCUGUGCACAGCACAGAUAUGAAGAAGUUGAAAUCACUCAAUGAAUGCAUCUUUAACCUCCAUAUCCAAUGAGGUGCCCUUUUAGUUAUUGCACAGAAUUAAUACCAAAAAAAGCCCACAAUAUAUUAAUUUUCCAAUAAAUGAAUUGUACCAAUGUUCUAAAAAUGUAUUUUAAAGCCUAUAUUGCCAAGCAGGAAGAAUUUCCUAAACAGAAGGUAUAAGAACUGUAGAAUUU